AUGGCUGCAUCACGACUGGCACUGGCAACUCUGGGGAGAACUGUUCCCAUUCGGGGUUUGAGCCAUGUACUCUGCGAUAAUGCGGCCAUUCCCAACCGUACUCUGUUCUCACCGUCUGCGGCUCGACUGGUCAGCACGGCGGCUACUCCGUCACCUGGCAGCAUCCACCCCUCGCUAGCUCAAAUCAUCGAAGACUCCAUCUCUGCUACAGGACCCAUGCCAGUCGCACGUUACAUGCAAAUGUGCUUGACGCACCCAACGCUCGGCUACUACAGCCAAGGCGAUGUGUUCGGCAAGCAAGGCGAUUUCAUUACGUCUCCGGAAAUUAGCCAGAUCUUCGGCGAGCUUGUUGCUAUCUGGCUUUUGACUAGGUGGAUGGCGGCAGGCAGUCCUGCCGAGUGCCGGAUCAUUGAACUCGGCCCGGGCCGAGGAACGCUGAUGGACGACGUUCUUAGAUCGUUCCAGCAAGUUCAGAUCAAGUCCAUUCACUUGGUGGAGAACAGCAUGAACAUGCGCAAGCUUCAAAAGGACAAGCUCUCCGUACGGGCCGAGUUGCUCGGCGCUGAGCUUUGCUGGGAGGACGACAUUGACGGCGUUCCAAAGUCCGACGUCUACACAAUGGCUAUCGCCCACGAGUUCUUUGAUGCCCUUCCGGUCCACAUUCUUCAGCGGAUGGGUUUAGAGAAGUUCGCGUUGACCGCAAUCCGUCACACUGGGAACGCAAAGUUCACGUUGGCUCUGGACCGUGAUUCCAGCAUGCUGUCUUCUCUUCUCCCGGCAGCCUCAUCGAGAUAUUCGACACUGCCAAUUGGCAGCCGCAUGGAGAUUUCUCCUGACUCGUCUCGAAUCGUACGAGGUCUAGGCGAAACCAUGGCAGCAGGAGGUGCAGGCCUGGUGAUUGAUUACGGCGGUAACCGGUCGUUCUCCAACAGUUUUCGCCACAAGAUUGUCGACAUUUUUGACCAACCUGGGUCUUCGGAUUUGACUGCAAAUGUUGACUUCGCUUAUCUGAAGGAAUCUUUAAAGGAUGUGGCUGUUGGCGCUGGCCCCAUUUCUCAAUCGACUUUCCUCACUUCCAUGGGACUGGAGCCUCGACUGUCCAAGCUGUUGGCCCAAGCCGAAAGCCGCGAGAAGCAGCAACGGCUCCAAAAGGGAGCCGACCGUCUCAUUGAUAAGAACGGCAUGGGUGACCAAUAUCAAGUCAUGGCCAUUCUCAAUGGCGCUGGAGCUCAAGGAGAUGUCUAUCCUUUCGGUACUGUCGUUGCUCCCAGUAACGCUGCCGUUGUCACACCGAAAUGA